AUGCCUUCUUGGGACAGUUUGAUUCGCUUUGAGGCAGCUGAAGAUGGGGUGACUUACUGGGCUGCUCUGGCACUUGAUACAGUUCCAGUAGCAGGUCUCAAAGUCCCGGGGUUCGCAAGUAUUGAAGCUUUAGAGCGCCAUGGAAGCUCUCGGGCAGUUACUGUAAAGAAGUUACUCGCCCCAACUCCAAAUCAAUCAAUCCCAAUUUACUGCAUCGGUCUGAACUAUCGGAAUCAUGCUGAGGAGGCCAAGUUGAUACCUCCAACGUAUCCACCUAUGUGGUAUAAGCCCGCAGCAGCCCUGGCAAAUCAUGAAGACGAUAUUCUGUUUCCAACAGUCGCCCACAGCAACUUUCCAGACUUUGAAGGCGAGCUCGCGGUCAUCCUUCGCGGUCCCAUAAAGUCCAUUUCCACAGCCGACGUAUCCUCUUCUAUACUAGGCUACACAAUAGGGAAUGACUUGACAGCUCGCAUGUUCCAGGAUCCGAAACGCUGUGGUGGUCAGUACACUUACGCCAAAGCUUUCGACGCCUUUGCUCCUCUCGGACCACGUCUUGUUCAUCCGUCAAAGUUUGUUCCAUCUGCGCCGACCACUCUAGUGACGCGUGUGAACGGGGAGGUAGUGCAGCAAAGCCCGCUGGAUUUCAUUUACCCUGUUGAAGAUGUUGCGAGUUUUAUAUCGCAAGGCACAACAAUUCCCCAUGGGACGGUAAUUAUGACCGGAACACCGGCUGGCGUUGGCUGGUUCCAAGAGCCAAAGUCGCCCCUGAAGGAUGGUGAUGUAGUAGAGGUAGAGAUACAACCGAUCGGGAUCUUGUCAAACAAGAUUGUUUUUGAGAAGUAA